AUGACCACAACAAAUCCUAACAGUUCCAAUACUUUGCAACAAAAAAAAGAUGACGACAAAUCUUUAAUAAAAACCGUUAUUAGCAGACAGCAUUUUGAGGAACUCUUAAAAUCUUUUAAAGAUAAAUAUAUUAUUGUAGAAUUUUAUGCUGUCUGGUGUGGUGCCUGUAAAAUGUUGGCCUUACAAUUUCAAAAUUUUGCCGAAAAAUAUCAAGAUAAACUAGAGGUUUUAAAAAUCGAUGUUGAUGACUUGGAAGAGUUGGCCAUUGAGUAUGAAGUCAAUCAAAUGCCUUCGUAUAUGAUCAUGAAAAAUGGUCAAAAAUUGGAACAAUAUUUUGGCAGCAAACCAGAACAGUUGGAGGCUAUGGUGGAAAAAUAUUUGGCAAAGUAA